CGCUAAUUCACCGACACGAAAAUAUUAAUUUAAAUGCUUUUUGGCGUAACAAAACAUACCAGCUGCUUCAGAGUCAGCUCUUCCUUUGUAGACAGACGCUAAACUCAGCUGAGCUCCGACCAGAGUUCAGCAUUUUGGUAUCCGGGAGCCUCUUGUGACAGUCAGCUGAUCUAAACCCGGAUAUGUGAAAGCUCUGAGCUCUCCUGUCUGACAACAAGUGGACUCACAAUUACUUUAAAACGGGUAGAAAUGGCCACAAACCCGCCCAAGUUAAAGACAAAGAUAACUGCUAACGAGAGGAUGAAAAACUUAAAAGAAACCUUUGAGUCAAAGUAUGGGGAAUCUCCUCUCUUCUAUGCAUUUGCACCUGGAAGGGUAAACCUAAUAGGUGAACAUAUUGAUUACUGUGGCUAUUCUGUGCUUCCAAUGGCCAUCGAGCAGAAUAUCCUCACAGCUGUGUCAGUGAACGAUUCAGGGAAGAUCCAGCUGGCCAACGCAAAUCCUAAAUACAAGGAUUUCAGUGUGUCGUGUUCAGAGGAAAUUGCCAUAGAUAGAGACGAUCCACAGUGGUAUUAUUAUUUUCUCUGUGGGGUUAAAGGUAUUCAGGAGAAGUUUGGGCUAAACCAUUUAGCGGGGAUGUCCUGUGUCGUAGAUGGAACGAUCCCUCCGAGCUCCGGCCUGUCCAGUUCUAGUGCCUUAGUUUGUUGUUCUGGCCUCGUAACAAUGGAGGCAAACCAAAAGUCCCUCUCCAAGGUGGCUCUUGCGGAGAUUUGUGCCAAAAGCGAGCGAUACAUUGGCACAGAGGGAGGAGGCAUGGACCAGUCAAUUUCAUUCCUGGCAGAGGCAGGGACUGCAAAGCUGAUCGAGUUCCAGCCCCUGCAUGCUACCGAUGUCAAACUCCCUGAUGGUGCCGUGUUUGUGAUUUCCAACUGCUGCGUGGAGAUGAACAAAGCUGCUUCUUCUCACUACAACAUCCGUGUGGUGGAGUGUCGGAUUGCCACGAAGAUGCUGGCCCAGGCGCGGGGUGUGGACUCGAGCAGGCUGUUGAAGCUGGCUCAUGUUCAGAUGGAGCUGAAGGCCUCCCUGGAGGAGAUGCUGGCUCUGGUGGCCGAGGUGCUGCAUCCUGAGCCUUACAGCCGAGAGGAGAUAUGCAAGGUGCUGGGCAUCACCUCGGAGCAGUUUUCAACAGAGCUGCUCAGCGCUAAUACUCAGGACAUGACGCAGUUCAAGCUUCACCAACGAGCCAAACAUGUGUACGGGGAAGCUGCACGAGUCCUACAGUUUAAGAGCGUGUGUGACUCUGAACCCGCCGAUGCCACGCGGCUACUGGGAGAGCUGAUGAACCAGAGCCACGCAAGCUGCAGAGACCUCUACGAGUGCAGCUGCCCUGAACUGGACCAAUUAGUUGAUAUCUGCCUGAAGUCAGGGGCUGUGGGUUCCCGCCUGACAGGAGCAGGGUGGGGAGGCUGUGCCGUUUCCAUGGUUCCCAGUAAAAAGGUGGAGUCUUUCUUACAAGCUGUUAGAGAAGAAUACUACCUCCCUGAUCCACGCAGGGCAGCGAUGGAAAAACAAAGUCUGUUUGUAUCAAAGCCAGGUGGUGGAGCUGCAAUUUUCCUCGAGGAGUGAUCUUCAUAAUCCAUUUCUGAUUUUAUACUGCAGUCAUUCAGUUUCAGUUUCAGAAAUAAAUGGGUUUUUCUUGCA